AAGCUAAGGAUCUCAUCACUCGCUUUACUCCUAUGGCAUCCAGCAAGGAUUCACUCAAGGAAUAUGUAAAAUCCAUUGGUGCCCCAGGCACCAAUACGGCAAAUAUUUUUGGCCUUAAGUCAUGGAUGACUACCGGUCGGGCUGAGACAGCAGUUCCUCUACUCGAAAAUGAGGACAAUUUCCAGGAGCCGGCUGGAUCAUCCAGUGAGAGCUCAUGGUAUGGAAGCAGUGCUGGGUCAUUCCUCGGACUGAGCAAGAAACAGCGCAUCAUUGGCUUCAUGAUGUGCCUCUGUCUUGGUUCCAUCUGCUUCACCAUCGCCGGCUUCACCUUGCCCUUCAUUGCCUUCAAAGCCAGGAAGUUCGCCACGCUCUUCACCCUCGGCAGUGUCUUCUGCAUGGCGAGUUUCUCUCUGCUGUGGGGGCCGUGGAAUCAUAUCAAGCAUGUGUUCUCCAAGGAGCGUCUGCCCUUCACAUCGGUGUACAUAACAUCGCUGGUAGCUACCCUGUACUGCUCGCUGCAUCUGCACAAUACGCCACUGACUAUCCUGUGCGCGGUCUGCCAGCUCCUGGCGCUGCUCUGGUUCAUCGUUAGUUACAUUCCCGGCGGACAGAGGGGUCUGCAGUUCUUUUCGUCGCUCUGCUCAUCCUUCGUGCGUAGCACGGCGUCACGAACGCUGCCCGUGUAAAAACACCGUCGAAGUAUUGUGCCAAAACAACGUGUUUUUCGUAGUCUUGCCGUUAGCUAGACCUUGUCAGCAGUGUUGCUGUAUCACCCUUUCAUGGCCUGUGACGGGGGUGACGCGCUGUGCGCUGUUUCAAUGCGUUGUUGACUGGGAGGGUGUGUGUUAUAUUUAUUGAUAUCUGGGCUCUGUGAUGUAAUUGUUCUGGUUAUGGCGCUGCGGAUUAUUGAACACAGGUAGAAUCACAACUGACACGUUGAAAUAAUGUGGUGCAUGAGCACGGCUAUGUUCCGUAUUUUGCCAGUGCCAGUCCUUUUUUGGCGCGCGUGGGGUAUGGCUUUCGUCCAUCACUUGGUGUAUUACCUGCUUUCAUACACAUGCCUUUAAAUCGUGGUGAUGUUACUUGCAUGGGUUGCUUCAAGUGAUUGUACGAAAAGUGACUGGGCUCAUCAGAUGUUUUCUAAUUGUUACUACUUUCCUAAAAUUUGAUAGAAAAAUUGUGAUAACAAACGAGAGUUAACGCCACAGGAAAUGCCAAGCAGCCGAACCAGCGCUCGCGCUUAAACCUCAACCGUAACGCUAAGCGCGCCGGCAUUUUGAAGUACCGCCACCUCGCACCCGCCUUCCUCACGAGCAUUGGAGAAGGCGCAGCUUCGUAAAAUUAUUUCCGGGCAAGGUGAAAGUCUGGGUAGAAAGAAUGGCACCGAGUGGGGCUUGGCAGUACACCACAAAUUUCUGCAAAGGCCGGGCUCAAUCCGCCAACGGUCUUAUAUGCGCGCCAUUGUUGGGAAGGGUUGAUUGGGUGUCAGAAUUUAUAAAGGCAGUGCUUCACCUUCAAGAGCUGUCAGAUAAGAACGGGAUAUGUCUUCGUCAUCGGGACAGGGCCAUGCUGUUAACAUGUCCUGACAAGCGCCGAAAGCAUCCCCAUUCCGCCAGAGUUGGUUCGGCCCAUUGCGUCAUGCCGGCCAUGGUAUGACGCAAUGGACCAGCGACCGCAUCGAAUCAGCGGCCAGCCGACGGCGGCGGCUGGCGGCCGCUCCGGCGGUUCCUCCGUCAGCCGUCCGUGUUGUCGUUCUUGGUCACGUGCAGUCUUUCUGGUGGGUGUCCUGGUUUGGAAGAAAAGUGCCGGAACUGGAACGUUUUAAUCAUGGUUGUGAAUGUGCUUUUUGGACUGCAUGCAACCGCGCCGUCUCAGGUCAAACUUCGCCUGUAUGUGAACCGUUUGCUAGAAGUCGGUUUGUUCACGAACAAGCUGCGGGAUAUCGUAAGUCCUUCUACAAUGUCGACUGAGAAGUGAACGUGCGACUGAAUUGGGUAUUGUGCCACUUGUACAUGGAAGGAAUAAACUUGCACUGUGUUCUCUA